UAAAAUGUCAUGUAUAUUCAUUUGAUGGUGUGCAAUAUACUCAAGAAAUAGAAUAGUGUGUGAGAAGAUCAUCCAACACCUAAAAGUGAACGUUCGUCACCGGUACUACAGGGUUAAUAUUUCCUGAUUUCACUCAGCUGACAGUAUUCACCUAGCCUUCAUUUCUACAGGGAGCGUUCACGUCCUGUCGCCCAAGGUCUGAGACUACUUCGCAACGUUAGGUCUACAACUUCACAGGACGCUCUAAAGACGGCGCACGACAAUGGCUGAGCUUAUGCCAUCACUGCUCAGCCUAGAGGAAGAGCUCACAUGCAGUAUCUGCUUGUGUACUUUUGAAAACCCCGUAACACUUCCCUGUGGUCAUAACUUCUGUCAAGGCUGCUUGGAUGAGGCAUGGAAAGAAAGCUUCCUCCUAUUCUGUCCUCAGUGCAGGCGCCACUACUCCAGCAAACCCGAGCUGAAGAAAAACACGGUGAUAAGCGCUGUUGUUGAAACCUUUAAAAAGAAGUCAUCUUCAUCGCCAUCGUCAGUCCAUUCCAUCGAUGAACCAGUCAACAUGAAGGAACCAGUCAACAUAAAGGAACCAGAAGUGAUCAAAUGUGAUACCUGUAUGGAGGUCAAAGCAUUUAAAACCUGUCUUACAUGCAUGGCCUCGUUCUGUGAAGAGCAUAUAAGACCGCACCAGGAAAAUCCUAUUUUCCGCUCGCACCAGUUGACCGACCCGCUAGGAGACCUGCAGGAGCGGAUUUGUCAGGUCCAUUGCAAGAUCGUGGAGUUCUUCUGCCAAAAUCACGACUGCAGUAUUUGCAGCACCUGUCUGCAGCAGUUGCAUCGGGGUUGCGAGUAUACCUCACCACAGGAAAGACGGGCACAGAAAGAGUCUGAGAUGAGGCAAAUGUUGAGUGUGCUGGAUAGAAAGAUCGACAAGAACCACGUUGUUAUGGCCCAAAUGAAGGUGCAGCAGUUUCAGCUACAGGACUCUGCUGCUGCCCGCAAGAAGAUGGUGAGCGCAGAGUAUCAGGUCAUAAGGGAUCUUAUCGACAGGGAUGAGCAAGAUUCCCUGAAGGCUGUAGAUAAGGACUUGGAGAGUGGUCAGGCCAAGCUUGAUUCUCUCUGCAAGAAGUUUGGUCAGAAUGUGAAGAAGAUGACUCAAACCAAAUCGGAGCUCAACAGCCUUCUGACACGUGCAGAUACGUUGGCCUUCCUGCAGGCAUCCUCUUCAGUUCUACUGCCCUCCAAUGCAGAAUUUGAGCCUUACUGCCCGCGUAUGAACGUGGACUCCAAGACUGUGGUCGCCUAUCACUCCUCUGCUGUUGCUGUGAAGGAACUACUGACACAAAUCCUGAAUGCACCAGUAGAAAACCGAAUCCCACUUCUUAGACCAGAGUUUGAGCAACCGGUUCAUUUCUACGGCCCGCCUCACGGCCCACACGGCCCCCACGGCCCUCACGGCCCCCAUGGCCCUCACGGCCCUCAUGUCCCGCUCAUGGGCUUUCCAGGACCAGACAUGGCCCAAGGAAGGAACUUCCCCCCCAGACACCUCAGGUCUCCCAGUCCAGGUGCAUCCCUCAGACCUGGCGCCAUGAGAAUGGGACCAGUACCUCCAAACCAGAGGCCAGACCACACGAAGGGGAAAAAGGCGAGGGGAGAAAAAUCAGAGCGGAAUCGUGAAAAAGAUCACGGGAAGAAGCCGAACCAACCAGGCACUGGGCUCCCCAAAAACCCAAGCGAUUCCUGUAAAGGUGCUCCUGCUAAUAAUGCAGGAGCAACCAAUGCAAGUAUUCCUCGCGACAUCUCGACUGCUGAGAAAAGGAGUGAGCUCCUAAAACUUGGCACCGUACUGAAGAUGGACCCCAAAACGGCCCACAAACGCAUCGCCCUCACCGAGGACUACACCGUGGCGUCGGUGGCCGAGGAGCCGUGCCCGUACCCCGACGGGCCCGAGCGCUUCUCCGUCUGCACGCAGGUGCUGUGCUCCAAGGGCUUCGCGCAGGGCCGCCACUACUGGGAGCUGAAGAUGAACAGCAACUCCUUCUGCAGCCUGGGCCUGGCCUACGGCCGCCUGGACCGCAAGGGCCCCACCAGCCGGCUGGGCCGCAACGCCGAGUCCUGGUGCGUGGAGUGGUUCAACACCAAGCUGUCGGCGUGGCACAACAGCGCCGAGACGGUGCUGACCAACCCCAACCCCGGCCGAGUGGGCGUGCUGCUGGACUGCGACGGCGGCUCCGCCACCUUCUACUCCGUGGCCGACCGCGCCUACCCCUUCCACACCUUCGUGUUCCCCUUCAAGGGGCCCAUCUAUCCGGCCUUCUGGAUGUUCUCGGCCGGCGCCUCCAUCUCGCUGUGUAAGCUGACCGCCUAGGAUCAGACCACGGCAGCACACUCGGUGUGCACUCUUAAUGGCUUCUGUUUGAAUGUGAAGCCAUGGUCCCCUGUUAUAACAGCUGAUGUUUCAACAAAAAUAGAUGACGUUAGCACUUCAAAAAGCAUGCAGGUUCUGUCCUGGUGAUUUAUAAUAUGGAUGCAUGCACAUAUUCAUGGGGAAUUGCAAUCUGCAAGAGGGAUAUUUAGCAGGCUUCUAUCUGAUUUGCAGGAGGCAUACUUAGCAGGCUUCUAUCUGAUUUGAAAUCAAUUUUCUGAAAACCAAAGGAAUACUCAUACACUAGCAGUGUAAUAGGAGAGUUGGGCAUUUUCCAAUAAGAUUCUUUAAAUAAUAAAAAAAAUGCAUUGAAUUCAAAAUAGUUAUAUUCAGUGCAAAUGUUUUCAUACAAGGAAUUAUAAAACGUAUAUUGUGUUUCUUGCAAAUUAUAUUUUAAUGUCAUCUCAGGCUUUUGGUGAUUAAAGAAUAGAUAGGGUGAAAUACAGUGAGUGAGGUUUGGUAUUUUCAAUGUCUACACAGCUUCAUGCUACAUAUACUUCUGUAUGUAUUACCUUUGCUUCAGAAUUAGAAAAAAUGUGAAACAUAGCCACAUCUAUGAGUAAUACUCUAUUGUAAAUCUAUGAAUAAUACUAGUGCUCUAUGUGAUCACUAAAAAUAAUAUUAAUGUGUGUGUUUAACACAGUUGUAGAUGUAUAACAUUUAUAUUUGUUGUUGUUGAUUAUUUAAACAAAGUGAUUUGGUGUUGUAGCAUUUGAAUGCAUUAGUUUUAGGGCGCAUUAGGAACAUUUCUCUCUGCGCAUGUAAAUGCCUGGCCAGCUGUUUUCCAUCCAAUAUUGGCUGUUGGCUGUUGGCUGUUAUGGAAAGUUCGUGUUUGUAACAGAAAGAAUGUUAAGGGUGUUCCCACUCAUUGCGAGGGAAUGUUUUGUCAUCAUCCAUUACCUACAAUAUUGGCACCUAGAGAACUGAAAUGGUCCCAUGAAAUCUUCUUGUCUCUUUGAGGCAGAUGUGUUAACGCCAUUGAGUCUGCAGUUGAUUGAGUCUCUUCUUUAACACCUUACUGUGGUCAUCUGUGUGCAGAAGCACAAUGGAAAAGCUGAAAUCCGGCCUGGUGACCAAGGCGAUGCGUUUUUCCACUUUCCUUUAUAGACCCUGGCUGCAUUUCCCGAAAGGGCUGUCCUACAACCAUCCUUACUGAGAGACUAGUGUUGGACUCCAUCAGGUUGAGUGUGGUGGUCCAAGCACAGCAAAGCUUUUGAGAAAUGCAGCCCUGGGGGUCGAGGUGUGGUGGUGUGCACAGCUGUGCUGUAGAGGCAACACAAACUGGCAGUUCACUUCUUGUGUUGGCGUUCGCCUCGUUCUGGUGGUGACUUGACCCUUUUACCCUUCGCUGUUGUUCAGGUGAACGUGUGGUGGUGGUGGUUUCCCCAUUAUUCCACCCUCGGCUUGAGUAAAGAGGCGGGGUCAAAAAUAACCAGGACAAAUAGUUCAGAGUGGUUGGAGUUGUUUUUAUUUGAUGUUUGUCUUGUCCGGAGGGCCAGGCACACCAGAUGCAAGGUCCGUUUGUUCACGUGACACUGCUCCGCAGUGGCUGAUAACGUUUCCUUUAGGACGGCCACUGUCAUCGCGAGUGACCUUUAGCCGGGGGCAGAUCGCUCGCUAUGAGGUUAUGGCGGCAGUGUUUCUGUGAGUUCUGUCAAUGCACCCAGAUAUGGUCAUUCUCCCAUCUCCGGUAAUAGCAAGCCUUUCUAUACAGAUCAGCCAUUUUAAACAUGCCAUCGGUUUGUUCACUUACUCAUCUAAAGUGAGUGAACAAAGUGUGGUUUUCCAUGGUAAGACUUCAGCCUGUGUUGCUGCACUGAUAACACCACACAGAGCUGUCAAGCUGCCAAGAACAGUGAGUAGUUUUUCCAGGAAUGCUGCGUUUGGCUUUGGCUGAGCCGACCGGCCGACUGCUCACCAGAGAGGAAGUUGGAGCGUGUGGGUUGUUUGAGGUCACAAGACCGCAGCUCUUUGCUCCCGUCUCUUCUUUAUAGAGGAGCAAAGAAGAAGGCCACUGAUACACCACUGUGGACACAUGUGGCACUUUCUCGCUUUUCUGUCUUACAGGAAUGUGUGGGCACACAAUGUGAUGGGAGAGUUUAAUUGUGAUUCCUCUACAUUACUACGUUUACUACGUACUACUAAGUGUUUCAGCACAUUGCAAAGCAGCUUGCGUGUGCCUACUCCUGUAAAGACUCAUUUCCACAUGGGGCUGGUGUAAUCUAAAACAGCAGGGAGAGGGUGUGUGUGUCUUAUCAAUGCAGUACACAAACAAGGUUUGGUGCUGUUCUGUUCAAUUUCACAGUUAAUACUUGAUACUUGUUCAGUUAAUCCAGAUUCUGCCCACUGCUCCUGGGGUCCUGGAGGAAGGACAGUCCGGGAUGGGAAAAAUGCAGAGGAGAAAUUCACGGCGACCUCGGCCUGCGUGUGUGUGAGUGUGUGUGUGUCCUGUGUCGCCACCUAAUACAACAUGUGGCAUUGUGCCACAAUAAACUGACUGAAGUCAGCCUUGUUUGUUGUUGUGUGUGUGUGUGUGUGUGUGUGUGUUAGCUUGCAUUCAAACAAAGUACUCUGAUCUUGCUAAUGGUGAAGUAAAGACCAAAUUUAUGCGCAUAAAUAUGAAAAUAUUUAUUGACUUGUUUCCAAAAUGUACAUCAAUUCUUACAUUCAUCUUACCAAAUAUAUCAUUGAAACUGUUGAAACCAUCAUUCCUGUCAAAUCUAUACUUUGUUGAAGACAGUGACACACACCUGUCUCUGUUUGUAGUGGUUACUAUAGUUACCACUGGCCCUUGGAUCUGUCUGAUUGGUGGAAUGUUUCCAAUUAAAUAGUUGAAGUUUGAUUGGGCCUAGAAGUUAUUUUACACAAGGUUUGUUCCUCACAAAUUCGCUUACAGUUGUGCAUCUUAUCAUUAAAGCUGAGAAAUGGUCUAGUUUAAGUAUGGCAAUGCUGUUUUAUCUUGUAACUUCAUCCAAAGUAAUUGUAUUAUAACAAUACAUACUUCUUACGUGUCUAUACUGGAGUGGUAAAUAAAAAGAGUAAUGGGCA